CGGGCACUGUACCAAUGCCGACAGGAAGCAGUAGCCUCUCUACUAGUGUAUGUGUCGGAUGUGGUUAUACUGCUUACUGAAAAGAAGACAAAAAACUAACGAUGCUGCGAUUGUUGAAAAACGUUCAAUUAUCACGGUACUUAUCAACUGCUGCUAAAGUACAACCAGAGAGAAAUCCUGCAAUUCUUUAUACAGGAAUUUUUAUCGAUAACGAAUGGCACCGAUCGAAAUCUGGAAAAACGUUCCCUACGAUAAACCCUGCAACUGGCGAAACGAUCGCGGAGGUGCAGGAAGGUGACGCCGCGGACAUCGAUGCGGCCGUCCAAGCAGCCAACAAAGCCUUUAAAUUUGGCUCGCCAUGGAGAACCAUGGACGCUUCGCAACGUGGUGUAUUAUUGAACAAAUUGGCCGAUUUAAUAGAAGAGAAUCGCACUUAUCUCGCGUCUUUAGAAACGCUAGACAAUGGGAAGCCUUAUUCGUCGGCUUAUGAGUUCGACGUACCUCAAAGUAUAGCGACACUGCGAUACUACGCGGGAUGGGCCGAUAAGAAUCAUGGCCAAGUUAUUCCCAUCGAUGGAAAAUAUCUGGCAUACACCCGCCACGAGCCAGUUGGCGUUUGCGGUCAGAUUAUUCCAUGGAAUUUCCCCCUUCUUAUGAUGGCUUGGAAGUUGGGACCUGCUCUGGCGACCGGAAAUGUUAUCGUAUUGAAACCGGCCGAGCAAACAGCCUUAACAGCUUUGUAUGUAGCUCAAUUGUCCAAAGAUGCUGGAUUUCCUGAAGGAGUGAUCAAUGUCGUCCCCGGUAAUGGUAAAACGGGUGCUGCACUGGUCGCUCAUAAUUUAGUCGAUAAAAUAGCGUUUACCGGUUCCACCGAGGUUGGAAAGCUGAUAAAACAAGGCGCCGCGAUGAGCAAUUUGAAGAGGACCACGUUGGAACUUGGCGGAAAAUCUCCAAAUAUAAUCUUGAGUGACGCAGAUCUUGAUCAUGCUGUGGAAACAGCUCACUUCGCACUGUUUUACAACAUGGGUCAGUGUUGCUGCGCCGGCUCGAGAACUUUCGUUGCCGACAGCAUUUAUGACGAGUUUGUGCAGCGAAGUGCGGCACGCGCUAAAACCAGAGUUGUUGGCGAUCCGUUUGAUGAAAAUGUAGAACAAGGCCCACAGAUCGACGCGGAACAAACAAACAAGAUCAUAUCCAUGAUUGAAACGGGCAAAAAUCAAGGGGCGAAAUUGCUUGCCGGUGGUACGAAGGUUGGUGAUAAAGGUUACUUUGUUGCGCCCACAGUAUUUGCCAAUGUUGAGGAUCAUAUGACUAUUGCUAGGGAGGAGAUCUUCGGACCAGUUCAACAAAUCCUGAAAUUUAGUAGCUUAAACGAAGUUAUUGGACGUGCUAAUGCUACUGAUUAUGGAUUGGCAGCAGCGGUGUUUACAAAAGAUAUCGAUAAGGCAAACUACGUUAUACAAAGGCUCCGUGCUGGCACCGUAUGGGUUAACACAUACAACGUCCUGACACCUCAAACGCCAUUUGGCGGUUUCAAAAUGUCUGGACACGGAAGAGAACUCGGACAAUACGGUCUUGAAGCGUAUACCGAAGUAAAGAGCGUUAUAAUGAAAGUCAAUGAAAAGAAUAGUUAGAAUAUUCCAUAUUAAAUUUGUUUACUUGUUUUUGUUUUUUGUAAAAACUUACAAGAUUUUGUAACAUUUUUUAUCGCUCGUUAUUUAAUAGUUGAAAUACAAAACAAUAACAAAAUAGAGACAUUUAAGGAUAGAGCUGCUGAAAGCAACUAAAUAUUUUAAAUGUAAAUCUAUUUUUGUACAAUUUAUCUCAGCGAAAAAAAAUGUGAUAUUAUUUCAGAACUGAAGAUACAAUAUACACAAUAUACUCA